AUGAGAAAGGGAGUCAUGGAACUAGAUGCUUUGGAUAUUAUUAUUACUCAGAAUAAAGUCAUGUCUCAACAAAUAAAUGCCAUUACUCAACACUUGGGUGGAUUACAAGUUUCAGCUAUUAAUACCCAAGAUGCUCUUUAUGACAUGAGUGGUAGAUUUCCUCAAGGUACAGAGGCACAGGUUAGUAAGGAGUCGGUUGAAAAAGAAGCUUCGGAGGAGACUCAGAACAAAGUAGAGCACGUCUCUAAGAGGCAUCCAAACAACCUUUUUCCGAUUGAUGUUGAGCAAUACAAAGUGAAGUCUCCAGUGCCUGAGUACAAGCUAAAAAUUCUAUAUCCUAAAAGGCUUCAGAAGGCAUCCAAAGACAACCAAUUUUCAAGAUUCCUAGAAGUCUUCAAGAAGCUUCAGAUCAGCAUCCUCUUUGCAGAGGCUCUGGAGCAAAUGCCUCUCUAUACUGAAUUUAUGAAGAAAUUGUUGAUCAAUAAGAGAAAUUGGAAAGAGAGUAAAACCAUGGUGCUCACCAAGGAAUGCUGUGCAAUUAUCCAGCAGGAUCUCUGUGAGAAGAUGCAAGAUCCGGAAAACUUCUUAAUUCCUUGCACCAUUGGAGAUAUUACUAUUUAG